GUCAACCCAAAAAUAAUUACAUUACAUGUGAAAGAAAAAGAAAAAAACACUGAACAAACGCGAAUUCGAGCUUGGGCACCAAGAAAAAAUAGAUUUUUCUUUUGGCUCCUCACCAAGAAAAAAGAUUCUACAGGAGGAAAGUAAGGAUUUUUCAGAAUGGGUCUAAGCUUUGGAAUGAUUUGAAAUUUUUUCCGAGAAACAGAGAAGAAGCAAAAAAAAAUUCAAUGUUUUGUUCUCGGCGUCUUCUUCUUUCCUGCAAACAUGGUGCGAAUCAGGCGGCGAAUUUUCUCAGAGGGUCUGGGGCAUCGAGGCGAAUUCAGUCAUUCAAUUACAGUAAAUCAACAAGACAGAGCCAUGGAAGGACAGAUCUUAACCCUCAAUUGCGUAUAGGAACUCAAACUCCUCCUUCUCGCUCACGUGCCCGUUAUGCUGCUCCAGCGCUUGUGCUUGGGUUUACUGGAUUCAUCGCGUUUCUUCAUUACAAUGACGAAAGGAGAGCAGUUCCAAAAGGUCAACCAAGCAGCAACAGCGGUUGUGGCUGCGGCUCUAACACAACCGUGAAAGGUCCAAUUAUCGGAGGUCCGUUCACGCUUAUGAGUACACAAAACAAGAUAGUCACUGAGAAAGACUUUAGUGGUAAAUGGGUUCUGCUCUACUUUGGUUACUCGUUUUCCCCUGAUGUUGGACCCGUGCAACUGAAGAUGAUGUCCAAAGCAGUUGAUAAACUAGAGUCUAAUCAUAACGAGAAGAUAUUGCCUGUCUUUGUCACUCUUGACCCUUUACGAGAUACACCUUCUCAUCUCCACGCAUACUUGAAAGAAUUUGAUAGUAGGAUACUUGGAUUGACUGGAUCUGCAAGUGCAAUGAGACAAAUGGCACAGGAGUAUCGUGUCUAUUUCAAGAAGGUCCAAGAAGAUGGAGACGAUUAUCUCGUUGACACUUCUCACAACAUGUACUUGUUGAAUCCGAAGAUGGAGGUUGUGAGGUGCUUUGGAGUAGAGUAUAAUCCAGAUGAGCUCUCACAAGAGGUUCUUAAAGAAGUUACUUCUGUUUCACAGUGACCCGUUUUGACCAAAACACUAAGAGAGUUAUGUUCACAGAAAGAAACACGAAAAUGCUUUUGAUUGUGUUUGUUCAUUGGUGAAACAUUUCAUUUAGACGAUUUUGAUGUUCCUCUGCGUCAUGCAACCAUGGUUCUCUCUUCACUGACAAUCAAUCAUCAUCGUCUUCGGCGAGAUUAUCUGAUCACAGUAGUUUCUAA